AUGAAGGAAGGUUCAGAGGAAAACAGCAUUUGUAGAGUUUCUUUCGGAAAUCUUAAUGUUUUCUUUCUUGGACAUAGUGUCAUUCCAGUUAUGAGAGGAACCAAAACAGUUACCAGUAAUUCACAAGGCAUAAAACGAAAAGCUGACUGCGAAGAAGCAACUGCGACUAAAAAAGUCAGUCAAGUUGAAAGGUGUGAAAAGAACACGUCGAUUAAUGAAGCAUUUGCAGAAAUUAAAACAUACCAAGAAGGUGGAAUAAAGCAGGCUGCAUUAACUAAUGCUCUUCUUUUCAUGAUUGCCACCGAUGAUUUGCCACUUUCAACUUCAGAAAAAGCAGGAUUUAAAAAAUUUUUGCAAAUUGCAAUGCCGCAUUACAAGCCUCCUAGUCGAAAAACCGUCACUACUCUGUUGGAUUCCAAGUACGAUACUCUAAGCUUAAAGGUUAAAUCUGAUUUAGUAAAUUUAAAAUCAGUUUCUCUUACUACGGACUGCUGGAAAGAAAAUAACACUUGCAGAAGUUACAUGGGUCUUACAAUGCAUUUUUGGAAAGAUUCAUCAUUGCAAGACAUUCGUCUUGGAUGUUUUCCGCUUGACGAAAGUCAUACAAGCGAAUACUUAGGGGAUGAACUUUUAAAGCUAUGUGAUAAUUGGAAUAUUUCAAAGGCAUCAAUCAUUGCUAUUGUGACUGACAACGCAGCUAAUAUUUCGAAAGCUGUUAAAGACAAAUUUUCUAAAAGUGUCCAUUUACCGUGUUUUGCUCACACAUUGCAAUUAGUACCAGAAAGAGCAAUGACAAGUACAACUGAUUUAAUGAAUUUAAUAAAAAGUGUUAAACGCAUUGUCACUUUUUUUAAACAAAGCACAAAUGUUGCAGAUGAACUUCGGUGUCUUCAAGUAGAGUCAGGAAAAACGGAAGGAACUAUUUUGAAAGUGAAGCAAGAGGAAAAAACAAGAUGGAAUACAACGUAUUACAUGGUUGAGAGAUUUCUUUUUUUAGCCCCAAUUAUUAGUUCCGUUCUUUUUCAAAUGCGCGAUGGUCCACAAAUGCUUCAGCCUUGCCAAAUUGGAAUGCUAACAGAUGUCAUGCAGCUUUUGAAACCAAUUGAGCAAGCAACAACUAAAAUGUGCUCUGAAAAAACGGUAUUAAGUAGCGAAAUAAUUCCUCUGAUUAAAUGUUUAAGCGCCUCCAUAAAUCGAAAAACUCCUACAACUAUCGUAGGGAUUGAUUUGCAAUUAAACUUGCAAAACGAAUUGAAGAGAAGAUUUGAACAUAUAGAGAAUGUUUCUUUGAUUGCAAAAGCUUGUAUUCUCGAUCCAAGAUUCAAAAAGCUUCAUUUUGUUUCUGCACUUUCAGCUGUUCAAACAAUUUCUUCUUUAUCACAAGAAAUGUUUUCAUCGGACAAUUCAGCUUUGGAGGAUGUGGUUCAUCUUCAUCCUACUAAUCAUCCUGAUUCUAAUGAUGAACUUUGGUGCCUUCACGAAGAAAGGUCAUCUUCAAAUUUGAUAGAUGAAAGCGAAAUUACGGACGGAAUUCAUAACGAACUUAAAAGUUAUUUGCGACGGAAACUAAUUCGCAGAACGUCAUGUCCUAUGCAAUUUUGGCAACGGGUAAAGGAGGAUUACCCUAUUGUUUAUCCGAUUGCAAUGAAAUAUUUAUCUGUGCCCGCUACAUCUGUUCCUUGUGAACGUCUCUUUUCGAAAGCAUCUAUGAUUGAUACUCCACGAAAAAAUAGAUUAACUGCAGAACACUUAUCGCGAUUGAUCUUUUUAUCAGGCGUAAGUGCAGAGAAUUGGGGAUUUUAA